UGCUAUUGCUAUACGCACCACGGACGGUAUCCGAUAUCCAUACCCACAUUCUAUACCUGCCGCACGUGGAACCGGUCAGAAUUCUUCUUCGUAAAUAUUACGUUGCUGGGUAUUUAUAAGACACAAUUACUUACUAUAGUGUAAUUCAUUAUUGGCUUAAUUCGAAAGUACAUGCGUAGAACAUUAUUAUCCGUUGAUCUAUUUGUUGGUAUAGUUUUUAACAGACUUUCUAGAGGUUAACAUCGUUCAGUGUUAUGUGACCCCACAGGCUCAUUUGAGAUUAAAGUUUGAAUGGUCAUAGAUUCAUGCAAACCAGAUGAAUCAAUCACAUAGAGAAUGUUAAUACGGCAGAACUGCAAAGCACAUGCCGAUUCAGUCAGCACAUUAAAUCUCAGAUAGGACAUAAUCCGUUAACAUUGUAUUAAGAUCAGGCGGCAAAAAUUACAACGAUCUGAGAAGCUUCGAUUCAGUCUACUUCUGAAUCAGUGUCACUAGCAUUACCCAAAAUAAGCAAAAAUGGUGAAGCAAGUAGCUCAUGAAUCUCCCAGUGAAUUGCAACUGAUGUCGCCAAAUGAAGAGGAGAAACCUCUACCAGGGGACCAAGCAUCUGAUGGCACAAAAGUACAAAUGAAAAAACAGCUUGGAUUGAUGGAAGGAGUUGCUAUCAUAUUAGGAAUCAUAUUUGGCUCAGGUAUUUUCGUAUCACCAAAGGGUGUAAUUCAAGAAGUGGGCAGUGUCGGAUUGUCCCUUAUCAUUUGGGUUUUUUGUGGUCUCCUCUCUAUGGUGGGAGCAUUAUGUUACGCAGAAUUAGGUACAAGUAUACCUCUCAGUGGUGGUGAUUAUGCCUAUAUUCAUGCAGCGUUUGGCGCGUUGCCAUCAUUUUUGUACCUGUGGGCAGCAAAUUUAAUAUUCGUACCCACAACAAAUGCCAUCAUGAGUCUCACAUUUGCCCAAUAUGUUUUGCAACCAUUUUUUCCAAACUGUGUGAUUCCGGAUGGUGGUGUAAGACUCAUUGCCGCACUAACCAUUUGUUUAUUGACAUUUAUCAAUUGCUACGAUGUUAAAGAGACGUCAAUAAUGCAAAAUGUAUUCAUGUUUGCUAAGGUUACGGCAUUAGUUGUUAUCAUUAUCACUGGAUUGACCUGGUUAGCAUUAGGACACACAGAAAAUUUCGAAAGCCCUUUCGAAGAUACCACUGCAGAUCCUGGAAAAAUCGCAGUUGCGUUUUGUUCUGGCAUAUUUUCUUAUUCGGGCUGGAACUACUUGAAUUUUAUGACUGAAGAAUUGAAAAAUCCAUAUGUAAACUUACCUCGUGCCAUCUAUAUAUCUCUACCAUUAGUCACUUCCAUCUAUGUUCUUGCCAACGUCGCUUAUUUAGCAGUCCUGACGCCAACUGUGAUGAUUUCCUCCUAUGCUAUUGCAGUGACUUUUGGGAAUCAAAUGCUGGGAGUAAUGUCUUGGAUCAUACCUGUGAUGGUAGCAAUUUCUGCUUUUGGUGGGUUGAGUGUACAUAUCAUGACGUCGUCUCGAAUGUGUUUUGUGGGAGCUCGAAAUGGUCAUUUUCCAGCAAUGUUAAGUCACAUCAGUGUUACUAAGUUGACGCCUACACCAGCUUUAGUGUUCCUGUGCCUUCUGUCUCUAUGUAUGCUUUGUACAACUGAUGUAUUUGUGCUCAUCACUUACUGCAGUAUUGUGGAAACAUUUUUCAUAAUGCUCUCUGUUAUCGGUAUUCUAUGGCUGAGAUACAAGAGACCAAAUAUGGAAAGACCAAUUAAGGUGGCGUUAUGGGUACCUGUGACUUUUGUGUUGGUCUGUGCUUUUCUUAUUCUUGUAUCUUUUUGGGAGGCGCCGUUUGCUGUAGGCAUGGGCGUUUUGAUUACGCUGUCUGGUGUCCCUGCUUACUAUGUUGGUGUUGUAUGGAAGAACAAGCCACAGUCAUUUCAGCAUCUUAAUGAUAAAAUUACACGUACAGUUCAAAAGUUAUUCAUAUCUGCACGGGAAGAAAGGGAUGACUAACGCUUGUGCCAUACCGAUAUAUUUAAAACUACGAUAUUGAUCGACAAUAUAGCUCUCAAAAGUUGCCUGGGGUUUGAUCAUUGAGUUUUAUAUUUAUGAUGAAGAUUCUUCUAUUGUCUGUUACAUUGUUACCUCAUCAUUCAACUUGUGGAUCGCGUUUCUCAAAAUACAGUUAUGACAAAACUUGACAUGAAAUUUGAACUUGAUGAAAACGGGUAAUAAGUAACAUAAUGAUGCGAUAUGAAGAGGUUCUUUUUUGAAAUAGAAUAGCGAAGUCAAGAUUAUUUUCUUUUGAUUAAAUCAAAAAUUGAAAAAUCGUACUAUAUUCAUAACUAAUGCCAAAUAUUUUGUUCUCAAUUUUUUUUGUUUUUGUUCCUUUUAGUUUAUUAUUAAAGAAAAACGAGAAACCUCGGAAUUACGUAUAAUAUAAAACAUUUGCGCUUACGAUGAAAUAUUAGUGAUGUUAUAUGAUCAGAUAUACUAUAUGGCAGAUGUAUUUUUUGUAUAUUUGUCAAUUUGUAAAGACAAGAUAUUUUCAUGUUGAUCAUGAAAUUAAUUAUAACGUGUUAUAUGUUUCAUUGCUAAUUCCGUGGUGAAUAGUGAAGAAAUAUGUGAACUAAUUUGCAGUUGCUACCUAAUUUAUCUGUUUACAUACGAGGAAAAAAACUAUGAAUUAUUUGAAAAAAUGAUUUCGUAAUCUAACUAUGCUGUAUUUUUGAAAAUUAAGUCCAUCAGUAUUUUGUUCACCUGUGCUAGAAAGCUUGUAGAUGUGCAUGAACGAAACUAAGAAGCAGCGUACUUGUGAAAUAAUAUCAAACAAAUGAAUAAGUACAAAUGUACAGCUUGAUCUAUUUCAUUGGGGAAAACGCCUUUGCUUCUCUAUAGAAGCAAAGGCGAGAGCUUUGCGAAUCUAUUGUUCACAUAAACGAAUUUUGUUGAUCUUAUGUGACUGGAUAAGACACAAAUAUUCUUGCUCAUCUCAAAAGAGGACGCAGAAAUUGAGCUUCAGUUACAUUUUCGAAUUUGGAGCAUGUGGUUCAAUUUAUAGCAUAGUAUUUAUUAAUUUGAAACUCAUACCAAACUUUUCCACAUUUCUAUUCAUUAGGUACCUACAAAAAAUUACUUAUGUGCAGAACUAUAUAUAUGUAUAUGUAUUUAUUUCAGUAUUGUAUUUUCAUGUGAUUUAAUAUCAACAAAUGUGCAGAGUUUUUUCUUGCUGAUUCAGACUGCUAAUUUCAGUCUCUGGCAGUAUUUUAUACUUGUAGUAAAGUCGCAUUCAUGUUUGGAGUGGUUUGUACAAGUUUAUAAUAAAAAAAAAUCUCUACUA